GCUGGAAGACCCAGCGGAGAGAGAACACUUCUUCCAGGAGUGUUUUCGACGGAGUACGGCGCCAGCUAUGACACAGAUAUGCAACUACUUGUGUGGGAAUUCCUUUCUAAACUGGAGAAGAAUACUGCCAGUACCAGACCUUGGACAGACUGUGUCAUGGCUCAGUUCUGCUCCCUCUGUCCUGGAGGAGUGUUUGCAGGCCCUCUCUCAACCUGAGGACCUYAAAUCCCUGCUGCAACACCACACAUGUCUUGAAAACUUGGGCACUCAGAGUCACACCGUUGAGAUGUCUUCKCAGGUCUUUGCCUGUUCCCAGUGCCCAUUCUUCCACAUGCAGGAAUCCUACCUCCUCCAGCACAUUGAGCGAAAUCACCCAGAGGAGUACAGCAAGCUCCAGAAAACUGAAGAGAACCCAGCGCUUCCCAGGAAAAAGUUACCCCGUCCUGAAUUCCCCAAGCCUUUCCCUAUCCACGUAAGCUCUGAACCCGGUGCUCACACAUGCCACGAGUGUGGAAAGACUUUCACUCGCUCGUCAGACMUGACCAGGCACCAGCGCAUUCACACAGGGGAGCGUCCGUACACCUGCAAGGAGUGCGACAAGGGUUUCAAAAACUCCUGGGAUCUGACGAGGCAUCAGCGGAUUCACACCGGGGAACGCCCAUAUAUCUGCCCUCAAUGUGGCAAGGGGUUCACCCAACUGGGCCUACUGUCCCUGCACUUCACCAGAACGCCUUGUGGCCAGAGUGCUGAUCCCCCACUACAGUCCACAGAGCAGCAGGAGGAGCCAAACGACAAAGGGAGUGGUCAGUACAAGUGUCAGAAAUGUGGGGCUAGCUUUGACACCGUACUAGAGCGGCUGAAGCAUAGGCAAACCCACGUGGUGAAUCGCCAUUACAAGUGUUCCCAGUGRGAGAAGAUCUACGGCCGCCCGUCUGACCUGAGGAGACAUCAGAUGAAGCACACCGGAGAGAGACCCUUCCCCUGCGCAGAGUGCGGCAAGGGCUUCACUCACGUGUGGCUGCUGAACAAGCACCGGCAAAUCCACACCAAGGAGCGGCCGUACCCGUGCCCGGAGUGCGGCAAGAGUUUCACCCAGUUACAGAUACUGAACAGACACCAACUGAUUCACAACGGGCAGAGGCCUUUCCAGUGCUCCUUCUGCGAGAAAAGCUUUACUCAGCUCGCGGGCCUGACAAGACACGAGAGGAUUCAUACAGGGGAGAGGCCAUACCUCUGCACCGUCUGUCAGAAGACCUUCUUAACACAUGGGGAGCUGGUAAGACACCAACGCAGCCACAGCGACUUCAGACCGUUCUCUUGCUCUCAGUGUCCCAAGAGCUUCAAAACCAAGCGUGCACAGAGUGAACACAUGAAUACCCACACAGGGGAGCGACCAUUCUCUUGCACACACUGUGGGAAYGAGUUUGCCAAGUCUACUUCACUCAUAAGACACAACCUGAUGCACACAGGGGAGAGACCGCAUCAGUGCGCUCAGUGUGGCAAGACCUUCCUUACCUCUGGGGAGCUGCUCCUCCACAGGCGAAUACACACAGGGGAGCGGCCAUACCCGUGCUCGGUCUGUGAACGG